GGCUGCGGGGACAUGGCCCCCCGCAGCCCGAGGGGGCGGCCGGAGCUGACUGUCCCUUCUCUCCAGGGGGGUCCUACGUGGUGGAGCCGGAGGAGAACAAGCGGACGAGGACGGCGUAUACGCGGGCGCAGCUGCUGGAGCUGGAGAAGGAGUUUCUCUUCAACAAGUACAUCUCCAGGCCGCGGCGGGUGGAGCUGGCUGUCAUGUUGAACUUGACCGAGAGACACAUCAAGAUCUGGUUCCAGAACCGGCGGAUGAAGUGGAAGAAGGAAGAGGACAAAAAGCGAGGGGCGGGCAACAGCAAUGACCCCGAGCAAGACUGUGUGGUGUCCUCCGGGGAGCUCCAAGGCAAGGAGGAUCUCCAGCCGUGUCCCUCCGGGAACCUGCCCUCGGGGGCCUCCAGGGACCUGCUCGCCUCUAGAAGGCAGCAGGAUUCUCGGUGA